AUUCCUCGUUCGCUCGUUCACUGACGGCUUCUGCCUACUCUUCGUCAUCAUGACUCGGCGCAGAAAACAUACGAAAUCUCGCACCGGAUGUUCGGAAUGCAAACGUCGCAAAGUGAAGUGUGACGAAUCGCAUCCUGUCUGUUUUAACUGCAUACGAUAUGGAGCUACUUGCAGUCUCGAAUCAGCCCCUCAACCAAACAACCCGGGCUCGGUCCACACACCUGCAACCCACCCGUCGUGUUUUCGGGUCGAGGGCUCAUAUUUCCGUAAUAACAAUGCUGCCGCAUGGGAAAGCACUAUCCCUAACCUGAGCCGCCGCUCUCGCAGCAAGACCCCGUCUCUGCUGAACCCCGACCCAUGGAGUCGCGACGCCGAGCUGAUGCACCACUGGUGCACUGUAACAGCUGACACCUUGGCUGUCGGCCCCGACUUACGUUAUGUGUGGCGCGCUGUCAUGCCUCGAGAGGGUUACCAGAACCGCUUCGUCAUGCACGGUGUACUCGCCCUCUCGGCGAUGCAUAAGGCGUACCUGGCCCCCAGCCAAGCCGAUACGUACCUUGACCUCUCUGCCCAUCACCAAGUUCUGGGCUCUGAGGGUUUCCGGGCCCUCCUCGGAAACGUCACGAGCGAGAAUUGGAGGCCGGUGUUUUGUUUCGCUGGUGUGCUUGUCGCGUACAUCAUGUGCCUGCCCGUCCGGUCGCCGAAUAGGCAUCUCCAGACACCGAUUCUGAGCUUGCUUGAUCUCAUCUCGUGCAUGGCUGGCGUUCAGACGUCCAUCAAGCCUUUUCUAUCAUUGGUGACCUCGUCCGAGUUUUGCCCUACGGUUCGAGGGUUAGAAGAAGCAAUUAGCGAUAGCUCCGAAGGAAAGCCGUUCCCCAGUCUAGAGCACUCCCUGCUCCCAGUGGACACAUUCGACGCACUCUCCAACCUACGAUUAUUCUUUGAGGCCGAACUGGCUCCAGGAAACCAGAAGCCGUACCUCGCCGCCGUCAAAAAGCUCGAGACGGCUGCAAGACUUGUCGCCCGCGCUGGCCUAGACACCGAGGUUGGGACAACACUCUUCUGGGUUUCCGAAGUGCAUGAGUCCAUCAUCUCCGACACGCGAGCAUUCGAGUAUCCGGCACUGGCACUGAUGGCGCAUUUUGCCGUAUUCAUGGCGGCUCUAGAGAAAACAUUUUGUUGCGAAGAAGUCGCUUCAAGUACCAGAAAACCCAACCCCGAGCCGUCAGAGUGGCGCAGAGACACUCCCAUAGGCGUUGCUCAAUCUCUAUCGACACGCAAUGGCCUAGACCAGCGGCGGCCCCUCGUCGUGGUCGCCGGGCAAUUUCAAUCUGACCUUGUUACUUUCCAUUCAGUCAUUCUCGAUAACGACGCCUUGUCUCCUGUCGAGUUGGCACGUACUCAUUAUGCAAGUGCCAGAAGAUCCCGAGCCAUGCGUCAGGGAUUUGGCGCUUACUCUUAUGGCGAGCGUCUCUCUAUCACGGACCUACAUGAUUCCGCCGAAGGCAAUCCAGAAGUGCUAUUUUUGAGCCUGACGCGUAAUAUCUUAAGGCUGCGCGACUCUAAGCAAGUCUAG